UCCUCGGCCUCCGACGUCGUCAGCGUCGCCGGCCACGGCCAACCCCAUCCCCACUGUUCCUUUCAAACCCAUCAACUAGGUGAAACCCAUGUUUCAAAGUUCAAACCCAGGCCAAUAUCAUCACCUUCAACCCAACACCACCACCAUCGGUACCAGUCGACGGCGCCACCAACAUCUCUGGUCACUGCCAAACAUCAUCUCCGGUCCGCACCAACCGCUAUAGCUGAAACCCAUGUUUCCAACCCAUGUUUCAUCACCAUAGCUAAAACCCACGUUUCAAGCCCAUUCCUCAUUCUCAUUUUUUUUUUUUUUCUUCCUUGUCUCCUGGACUACUUUUCUGUUUUUGCUCUUUAAUUUUCAUUUUCAUUCUCUUUUAUUUCCCGAUUUUUAUACUAUUACCGAACCCAUUUUGUGUUAGUUCUCUUUGAUUUAUUUUGUUGUCUUUGGUUGAUUCAAUGAUUUAGUUUCUCUUUGGAGUUUGGUUAUUAGGAUUUGAUGAUAUUGGCUUGGGUUUGAAACAUGGGUUUCUGGUUGGUCGGUUUGAAAGCAACAGUGGGGAUGGGGUUGGAUUUAAUUUAAUAGGUGGGUUGGCCGUGGCUGGCGAUGCUGACGACGUCGGAGGCCGGCAGUAGCGGACGGCGGCCGGAGGACGGUGCCGGCGAAGGUUGAUGUAUCUCAAGAAAAAGAACCAGAAGCCUCUCUUUCAUGCCUUAGAGAAGAUCAAAGAAGAGUUGAUGUUGUUGGGCUUCAUAUCACUGCUACUCUCAGUGUUCCAAUCAGAGAUUGAAAAACUUUGCAUAUCCGAGAACUUAGCCAACCAGUGGUUGCCUUGUAAAUUAACAGAUGCAUCUUCUUCUUCUUCUUCUUCUACUACUACCCAUUUCCAAACUUUGUUCACUUCUUUUAUUCCCCGUCGCCUCCUCGCCAAGGCAACAAUUACUCCCGAAGAAUAUUGUGCUAAGAUGGGGGGAAAGGUCCCACUGUUAUCUUUUACUGCACUGCAUCAUCUUCACAUAUUUAUCUUUGUGUUAGCUGUUGCGCAUGUGAAUUUCUGUGCUCUAACCAUUCUUUUCGGAGGAGCAAAGAUACGUCAAUGGAAACAUUGGGAGGAAAACGAUCCAGAAGAAGUUCUGAAAACAUACAUUACACAAGUCCAAGAUCACACUUUUUUCAGGAAAUGCUUUCUGGGUAUUGGCAAAGAUUCAACUUUGUUAGGAUGGGUGCAAUCAUUUUUCAAGCAAUUUUAUGGGUCUUUGACCAAAACAGAUUAUCUGACAAUGCGACGGGGCUUCCUUAUGACUCAUUGCAGAGGAAACCCAGAGUUUAAUUUCCACAAUUACAUGAUUCGUGCCCUUGAAGCUGAUUUCAGUAAAGUUGUUGGAAUAAGUUGGUAUCUUUGGUUAUUUGUGGUCAUUUUCUUGUUGCUGAAUGUGGCUGGUUGGAAUGCGUACUUCUGGAUUGCAUUCAUACCCUUCAUUCUUCUACUUGCUGUGGGCACUAAGUUAGAGCAUGUAAUUAUCCAGUUGGCCCAUGAGGUUGCCGAGAAACAUACAGCGAUUGUAGGUGAUUUGGUAGUUAAACCUUCAGAUGAUCACUUCUGGUUCCAUAGGCCCCGGAUUGUUCUCUUGCUGAUUCAUAUCAUCCUGUUUCAGAAUUCAUUUGAACUGGCAUUUUUCUUUUGGAUAUGGGUUCAAUAUGGAUUUGACUCAUGCAUAAUGGGAAAAAUCAACUAUAUCAUCCCAAGACUUGUUAUAGGGGUAUUCGUUCAGUUCAUCUGCAGUUAUAGUACCCUACCACUUUAUGCAAUUGUCACACAGAUGGGAAGUUCAUUUAAAAAGGCUAUAUUUGAAGAACACAAUCAAGAAGGGCUUGUUGGUUGGGCUCAAACGGCAAAAAAGAACAGGGGUUUGAGAAAGGCUGCUAAUGGCUCAACUACGACUACUAGUCAGGGUUCUACUACUCAUGCAUCCAGCCAAAUGAGUCCAAAAGAAACUACUCCUUUGGCAAUUCAGAUGAGUGAAGUAUCUGCAAUGGAAGAAGGCAAUGCAGGAGAGAUUGCAGCUGCAACUCUCUACGGUGGACAUAGAUAAGGGCAUCAUAGUCUCACUCAAAACUCUUGUAGUUAGCCGGGUGUUUUUUACUUGUUGAAGUUAAGGUGAAUUUAGGAAUAGUUGUGUUUUGAUAUAUGCUACAUAUUUAUUAAAAUUGUUCAAAUGCAUACUAUAUAGUUGGUUUAUUGAUUUUAUUUCUUGUAUAGUAAUGAUGAUGAUGUGUAAAAUGAUGAUAUAAUUUUGAUGUAAGCAGUUAAGUACUAAGUUCAAUAGAAUUGUUUGCUAGCAAUCAGAA